AACUGAAAGGACAUUUUAUGUGGAGGAAUCAUUUAUGUUUAGUUUUUGAACUGCUGUCAUACAAUUUAUAUGACUUAUUACGGAAUACUAACUUCAGAGGAGUUUCAUUAAAUUUAACGAGGAAAUUUGCCCAGCAAAUGUGUACUGCUCUGAUGUUUCUCUCCAAUCAUGAUUUGAACAUUAUUCACUGCGAUCUAAAACCUGAAAAUAUACUGCUAUGUAAUCCAAAGAGGAGUGCCAUUAAAAUUGUUGACUUUGGUAGUUCUUGUCAACUUGGUCAAAGGAUAUAUCAAUACAUCCAAAGUAGGUUUUAUAGGUCACCAGAAGUUCUUUUGGGUAUUCCAUAUGACAUGGCAAUUGAUAUGUGGAGUUUAGGAUGUAUAUUAGUUGAAAUGCAUACUGGAGAACCACUUUUCAGUGGUGCUAAUGAGGUUGAUCAAAUGAACAAAAUUGUCGAAGUUUUAGGAAUGCCACCUAAACACAUAUUAGAUCAUGCUCAUAAAGCAAGGAAGUAUUUUGAUAGAUUACCUGAUGGAACAUAUGUUCUUAAGAAAACCAAAGAUGGAAAAAAGUAUAAACCUCCUGGUACGAGAAAGUUGCAUGAUAUCUUGGGAGUAGAAACUGGAGGACCUGGAGGUAGACGUCUUGGUGAACCAGGGCAUACAGUUUCUGAUUAUCUAAAAUUUAAAGAUCUGGUUCUGCGAAUGCUGGAAUAUGAUCCCAAAACGAGGAUUACACCACACCAUGCACUUCAACAUAGUUUCUUCAAGAGAACUACCGAUGAAAGCACUAAUACAUCCCAUAGUGCUAGCACUAGUCCUGCUAUGGAACAAAGUUCUGUUGUUACUCCCGUGGUAGGAGGAAAUACAGGAAGUGGUAAUUCUAGUUCAAGUUCUGGGAGUUCAACGUCCUCAGCACCACCUCAUAGUGCAGGAAGAGCUCGAUCUGAUCCUACUCAUCAGCAUCAUGGACAAAUUCAGCAUAGUUACACUCAAACUUCUGGAUCUUAUAGCAUGCAUUUUGGUGGAAGUAUUACAGCAACUACUACAGUUGGAUCAUCAGCUGCCAUGGAAUGUGAAAGUCCCAUUACAAACGUUUCAGGUGGAACAACUAUAUAUCGUAGCUCACAAAAAGUUGCUAAUUGGGGAGUUGGCACAGUUGUUUCUACAGUUACAACUUCACCCUUAGCUGGGGCAACAGGAAGUGUAAGUAUUGGACAACAUACACAUUGUAAUAUACCAACAUCAAGUCGUCAUGGAGGAGGAGGAAAUCAUAGUCAUGUGCAUAGUCAUGUGUAUCGACGACAUAUUCAUCAUUCAUCACAGCAAUCUCAAACAAACUUGCAGGGUCAGAUAGGAAUAUCAUCGUCCACUUCCCAUGCAGUCACUAUGGGAUUGGAAUCCCUCCAGUCUUAUCAACCACCACAAGGUGUUGCCAUCAGCUCCAGUAGGGGUACUCACCCUUCCUCUUCAGUUCCCGCGUCUUCCGAAGUUAUGCCAAUGGAUGUUAACACCAGUAUGAGUAUAUAUCCUGUAUCUUCUCCUUUAGAAUGUACCCAAACUGGUUCCUUAAAUAUCCAACUCAGUGGAUAUCAACCACUUUCUUAUACUGGUACAGUGUAUGGUGGUCAAGGUACAGUUGCACCUCCGUAUCUCAGUACGAACUUCUCUCAAGUUGAACCAAAUCCUCCUUCCUCCUCCUCCUCCACAUCACAGCCUUCCAGUUUAGUAUCACCAGAGAUGUCAUCACAAAAACAGACCUCAGAUAGGGACGACUCUCCAAUGGUGGGUGUGUGUGUAGAGCAGAAUACUGUAGCCAGUCAUUGACCCCCUUGUAAUCUAGCUAGAGGUAAACCUUCUUCUGGCAAAUGAAUAUUUAGAAGUUGGCACAUUUUCAUUUAAAGUGACAUGCUACAUUUUAAAAAAUAGCUGUCCCAAUAAUUAAUUGACAUCAUUGACUUCUGACAGAAGAUUCUCUUAACAGCUGUGUGGCAUUGUCAUUAUUACUAUAAGAAAAACUGGAAAUGUGACUUGUAGUUUUUGCUGUUUGCCACAACUGCCAUUUGCUCAUUUCUCUUUCACCUGAUGCUGCAUGGUGUGAAAAUAUAAGAAAUAAUAAAUCAUAAAUCAUAAAUCAAGUGAAACAACAUACUUCAUGGCCUUCAGAAAGAAGCAGUGGCACUACAAAAAGUGUUUACAAGAAUAUUCAUCCCAUUCAGUCUGCUUACUGCUGUCUCAUAAUAAAAACUGAAUUAACAAAUUAACAGCAGAUGCCCAAGUCCACAUACCUUCUUCCUGAUAGUUCCAAUUGAUUCUGUAUUAAUCUCUGCAUUCCGAAUAUGCUCUGAGGAUAUGCUACACUGGACUUGUGCAGCACCAAGUAAUAAAGUGUAUUUAUAAACUAAACUCUUGCAUAAUGGGCAGUUAUUCAAGCAACAGGUGAGGAGGAAGCUGUCCGUGCCCAAUUGGGCAUAGUCAUGAUUAUUUGACGGUUGGGUAGGGACAACAUUAUUGUAUAUAUAUCCUAAUGUGCUGCAAUUUGACUCCCUAUUUAUUGUCCUCGCUUUCCAAACACACCAUCAUCUUUGCUGUGCAAUCUUUCCAGUUGCCCACAAGUGGGAAUAUAAUAAUUGGUUGUAUAUGUUUUAAGUGUUGCAGGACUCUUUCUUGCUGUGUACAGAACAACAAGGAGGAAAAGCUAGAGAAGGUUACCAGAUUAUCUCCCUGUAGCCAAACUAGCAGGCACUGUUUAUGAUGAACUAUCCCAGCAGUGGGCACAUCCAAUAUCCUUCCCACUGGAUGUAAAUAGUUCUGCCUUUUGACAGGCUGCUGUGACCAUACCCUUCACUGUCACCACUACCUCCACUCAAAAAAGGGAAAAAAAUACAAAAAAAUUGUUAAAACCAAUAUAGAUCCAUGUUUUUGGUAUGAUGUUCUGUCUCUGUCAGCUAUCCUCAUUAGUAUUAUUGUUGUUACCAGGGUGGAAAAAAACUGCAGCCAUUCCAUAGACCAGACCUCAUUUUUACAUUUCAGGGAAGUUCACUUCAAUCUUGAUACUUUUUCCUGUUGUAACAGUGGAACAGUUUCAUUUAAUUUGGUUACUUAAAAAACUGUGCACAAAACAAAAUAGUUUAGAUUUUUCCUGUUUAGAUAUUCCCAAUUAUUUUUAAACCAGACUGAAAUUUCCAAUUACAAUGCUUGGUCACAGGAGUAAUCUCAGUUACAUAACCUUCCAGCCUUUAUAACAUAUUUGGCAGUGUUUUGUACAUUUUAGUUCCUUACCUCCUUGAGCAGAGGUAUUUCAACUAUUGCAUUUUUACUUUGUUUUUAAACCCUGGAUGUUUUUAACAGACAAGUCAUGUCAUUCACAGGUAAUUACCACAAAUAGCUCCUGUAACAUAUUAUCAUGCUACUUUCUUGUGUGUGUAGUAACUCUUGAACUUGUUAAUUAAACAGUAUGUAAUCCCUUAA